AUGGGUAAACUCAGAAAGAUGUUUGAUGAGGAUAGGAGAUUGAAAAGCAGAGGAAAAAAUGGUAAAACUUUUAAAUCAUUGCUUAUGAAGUCUAGACUAAACAAUGCUAUUGAAGAUGAAGCAGAUGGACCAAAUCAAAUGGGUGAAGAAAACAGAGCAAUUUUAAGCAGGUGGAGCAAUUUACCACAUUUUGCAAAAUUUAAUAUGGUGGGAACGGAUAUGGUGGAUCGUUAUGUUGAAGUUCCUCAACCUUGCAACGACUUGGAAGUGUUGGCUGUCACAUCAAAAACAUCCCUACCUGUUAUCAUCCAGGAAUCUCAUGGUAAAGGCAUAUUGAUGUUAUCCACAGUAACUGAACUGAUCUCUAGUAUUGCACUGGAUGGAAAUACUGACAGCAGUAUUGAAAUAUUAAUGAAAAUGCUGUUAUGCAAUCUUGGAAUGAUGUGUGAAGAUGUCCCUGAGUGUUCACUUACCCCUGCAAUGUUAUUGGUUGAUCAACAGUUCCCUGAACGUUACAGUACUGCGAAAUUUUCUCAAUACAAAGAAUUAUUGAAAACAAAACAUUUGGGUCACGUGAUGAUCUAUACUGACGUCAUCACAUCCACACAAACCAUCGUGAAUGGAAUUCUGAGAUUUCUGAAAGAAUCACCUGGUGGUCUUGGUGUUGUUGUUAUUGCAAGUCGUGGAGGAAAUGCUUGGCUAUCUCCGGAUGGUUGUGUUUCAUUUUCAUUUCCUUUGGAAAUUGAACUUAAUUCUAAUCUUGGUCAACGUCUUCCAUUUGUACAACAUAUCGCAGCCCUAGCCAUUGUUGAUGCUGUGAGGGACAUAUCUGGAUAUCAGGAUUUAAAUCUCCGAAUCAAAUGGCCCAAUGACAUCUAUUUUGGAAAUAAGACAAAAAUUGGUGGUGUUCUGGUCAACUCUAUUAUUCAAGGAAGAUGUCUUUGGGCUGUUAUAGUUUCUAAACUGAGACCAACGACUUGUAUUAACGAAAUCAUCGAGCAACACAAGUUAUUGAAAAAAAUAAGCAAAGAAGAGCUUCUUGCUAGAAUUCUUAACAAAAUGGAAGAACUUGUCGAAGACUUUCAGCUCAAUGGACCCGAAAUGUUUCUUCAAAAAUACUACUCACGCUGGUUACACAGUGAGUCAAAAGUAAAACUGGAUAAUGAAGAUGGUGAAAUAGUUACAAUCAAAGGUUUGGAUGACAUGGGUUUUCUCUGUGUAGUUAAUGACUUGAAUGAAGUUAAAACACUUCAACCUGAUGGUAAUAGUUUUGAUAUGAUGAAAAACUUAAUAACAGUUAAAACAAGAAAAUAAUUCAAAUUAUUC